AUGGCCGCACUCGUUCAAGCCCUGCUCGAUUGGCUAAGGAGCCUCUUCUUCAAACAAGAAAUGGAACUCACUCUCGUCGGCCUGCAAAACUCGGGAAAGACUACUUUGGUCAAUGUCAUUGCCAACGGAUCUUAUCAAGAAGACAUGAUACCAACUGUCGGAUUCAAUAUGAGGAAGGUCACAAAAGGAGCCGUCGUAAUGAAAUUGUGGGAUUUGGGAGGUCAAGCUCGUUUUAGAAGCAUGUGGGAACGAUAUUGUAGAGGAGUGAAUGCUAUCGUGUUUGUGGCAGACUCUGUAGAUACCGCCAAAUUGCCAGCCGCCAAAACCGAACUACACGCUUUACUGGAGAAACCAAUGCUAGCUUCCAUCCCUGUAUUGGUGCUAGGCAACAAGUCUGAUCUGCCGGGUGCAUUAUCCGUCGAACAACUCAUUGAUGAAUUGAGCCUGAGAGACAUCACUGAUCGAGAAGUGUGUUGCUACUCAAUCUCUGCCAAACUCGGCUCAAAUAUCGACAUCACACUACAAUGGCUGAUGAAACAUGCUGGAUCUGGUGGUCGAUAA